AUGCAGGAAGCCAUGGAAGAUUUGAAGAACAACCCAUAUUUUGAUAAAUAUGCAUCAAAAAUUUCCAAGUUGAAAAAAGAAAAUCCCGAUCAAUUCAAAUCACGCAUUGUGGACGUGAGUAGAAACAACACCCAGAAAAUUGAAGCACCUAAAGGAAGACAGUAUGCACAGCUGCUGAACCCGAAAGAAAAAAUUGCAGCUUGUGCUCAGAUCUACAAAGAACCAUUAGAAAAAAUAAUGAAAACUGACUUGAUAAAGGACAAGACUGCUGAUGAGAUUCAAGUAAUUUGGCAGCAAUACCAUAUUCAGAAAGAAUACUGCAUAGCAGCUUCUAUACCUGAUUGUGACUAUGACCAGUUGAUUGAAAACAGCAAAAAGCACCCUAUCUUUGUUUUUGCUCUGCCAAGAAGUCAAGGAUAUGAAUUCAUCAUGUGCCAGUUUGCUUCAAAUACUGUUCAUUUCACCCCUCUCCUUUAUUACCAAGUGCAUAAGGAGAAUGCACCAGAAUGUCUCACAAUAACUCAUUAUGAUGAAUUUAAAGAGGAUAAAGGCAUAGUUCUGAUGAGAGGUGAAUAUGAUAAAAAUGUCAUUGAUGCUCAAGAAGCACAGUGUCUGGCAAACCAACUGCAACUAUAUUAUGUUAGAGAACAACCAGAAAAGAAGAAGUUGCUGGAGACUUUCACUGCAAAUCCAGAAGAGUUCCAGCAUACUGACCUUAUCAAGCAAAUUGAAACAUUAUCAUUGUAA